AAUACUACAUCAAGAAUAUAUGUGUACGCAACUAGUCAUGUGACAUUUAUGUACGGCUACCCUGUAACGUGUUUCCGUUAUUCGAAGGAAUAUUUAAAUAACACGCACUUCAAGUUUCGACUUCGGUACAACGCUGACUGGCGGACAUAUGACAAUCCUGUUAACGCCAAGCUGGGGUAUGACCGUGAAACAGGCGGCCCCUACAUGGAACUCGAUUUUUGGCCAAAAGAAACAACCUUUCGUACUAGAGAAAAAGGAAAGGACCUUUACAGGGAUAUAGAUGAAUCGGUGCCUGCCAGAAGGACCUUGUUCAUCUACCUCCGUGACCUACAAUGCGGUGUGUUUACGAUGGCGCGAAAAGGAAAAAAUCACUGCGAGCUCCACCUGUGGGAAAGUGCCAUUAUUAAAGAAGGACCAUAUCACCACGUGAACUUUACUUGCCUGAAGUACUUCCAGGCACUCUGCGGGGGCUGGCCAACCUGUAUCACUUACACCCGCUCUUGCAACAACUGAGAAAAUGUGACCUCCUAAAUUGUUCUACUGGCCAUGCUUUCUUCUAGAUGGGUUGGGGAUGGUCGACAUCUUAUAUGCAUCUUUUUCUCGCGAGACUGCAAGUGUUGUGCUUUUAAUAAAAUAGACAAAAUCGCGAGAAAUAAAACUGUAUGUUACUUGCCAAUAAAGUUUG